CUCGCGCUCGUAGAGCGGCGGCUGAUGAUCCCGGAGUCCGUGGGUUCAUUUGCAUAUCCCGCGCGCCCCGGCUGGAGAGCGGCCAAUCCGGGAGCGCGCGCGCGCAAGCCGGCUUUUUUUUCCUCCUUUUUUACUCCUGAUGCGCGAGCCCGCGUCAUCGUCAGACCCUCCGCUAUGCGCGAGCCGCGCAGUGCCGACGACGACUGAACGUCCCGCCGCCCCGAACCUCCGCCGCGCGCCGCUCCACACGCGACGCCUCCGACACCGAUGCGCGGGCGCGCGAAACGAGCAGGAUGUCCCGGCGCAAGCAGGCCAAACCUCAGCACGUUACCGCGGGAGAGGAGACGGAGCUGCGCGGGAGAGGCGCAGACAGCGGUACGCACCGGCACCGGGGGAAAUACCGGGGGAAAUACCGGGGGAGACGCGGGGACAAGUGCCGCGCACUUCACACUUCACACAGUGCUCUUUAGUAAAGGUAGCAGUGAGGAGAGCGUCAGCGAGAGCCACAGCAUGAACGAGGUGACUUUCAUCUGUAAGACAUGUUGUGCUGAAUUUUUCAACUGGUCAGAGUUGCUGGAGCACCAGAAUAAAUGCACUGAGGAGCCUUCUGUGCUCAUUGUACACGAGGAUGAAAGAUUUCCUUCUCCUCAGGGAUCUCCUACAGAAUCCUACUUAAGUGCUCAUAGUGACCCAGAUGAAACUGAGACCAUGGAACCUGAGUCUGAAUCGUCUGAGAAAGGAGAGGAAAAUGUUAGUCUUCCUGAGGAAAAUGAUGCAGUUGGAGCAGAUGAACCUAUGGAUACUACUGCACCUGUGGAUAAAAUAUCAAACCCCAGCCCUCUUCCACCAGACUCCAGUGAAAGUGCCAUUCCUUUACCUUUAUCAUGUCUAAGCACAAACUAUGGCAUUCCCAGCACAAAUGUCACCUUGGAGAUCCUUCACAGUACCAGGGUGGCAGUUGCACAGUUUUCUCAACGUAUCCAAGGUGACGGAUCUGGAGGUAAGGCGAACUCAGUGGCAAUACCCAUGAUUUUGGAACAGCUAAUGGCUUUACAGCAGCAGCAGGUCCACCAGCUGCAACUCAUUGAACAGAUCCGCAGUCAGGUGGCUGUGAUGAACAGGCAGCCAACACAAGGUGCGCUGAACCCAGCCUCAAAGGCAUUUCCUUCUGUCUCUUGCACUUAUCAUUUCCAGGGCAUUGCUCCUCCUCCUGUACUUCCAUUAUCUGGAGUCAUGCCUUCCACUGUGAAUGGACAGGCUUCUGUGUCCCAGGCAUCCAGACUAGAAGGGUCGUCAUUUCGGGUAUCACAACCACAAAAUAAACAAUCCAAUGCCAGAGAAAAUGAAAACACUUCCAUUCCCUUAGCAAAUCCAAAUGCUUCUCUAUCCACAUUUACUGGUGUGUCUUCUCUACUAUCAUCCUGCAAUGGUGCUCUCUAUAAUGCUAGUCGUACACAGCCUCUGAACUCUCCUCAUCCACAUUCCGUCAGUCAGAAUAAUGUUAUUAACAAUUCUGCCAACUUGCCACUGCUACCUCAAAGCCCUCCUAGUGGAGUCAUCUUCCCAAACCCACUUGCCAGCAUUGCAGCCACUACAAACGCACUGGAACCACUUGCUUCUAUGAUAAAACAUCGCAGUAAAGGUAAAAUGCCCAACACCUCUAUGUUUGAAACCAAGCCCAGUUCUGAGGACCCCUUUUUCAAACACAAAUGCAGGUUUUGUGCCAAGGUAUUUGGCAGUGACAGUGCCUUGCAGAUCCACCUGCGAUCUCACACAGGAGAAAGACCCUUUAAAUGCAACAUAUGCGGCAACCGCUUCUCCACUAAGGGAAACCUGAAGGUACACUACCAGAGGCACAAAGACAAAUACCCACAUGUACAUAUGAAUCCAUACCCAGUGCCAGAAUAUCUUGAUAAUAUUCCAACCAGCUCUGGUAUUCCCUAUGGGAUGUCAUUUCCUCCAGAAAAAGCAGGGUCAACAUGGUUAGACAGCAAACCUAUUCUACAGACAUUACCUCCUAGACUGGGUCUGCAGUUACCCCCAACUAUAACGAAUGCGGAAAACAUUAAUGAUUCCUUUAGUGAUGCACCUGCAGGAAGAUCUCUACAAAUGUCCUCGCUAGCUAAAAAUGAAAGUACACCAUUGUCUUCAAAUGCAACUAAUACUGAAAAAAUAAUUGCUAUAGAGUCUGACAACCAUUUACAUACAGCUAAGAUGGCAUGCUUCCAGGUAAACAAGGAAGUAGGAACUACAACAGUUUCAAAAAACAAUGAAAUUUACCUUCCAUCAAACUGUGUGACUGAUUCAGCUGAAAAUUCAAAUUCUGCAAGUCACAACGUCGUUUCAAAUUUUCCAUCCACGGAAACACCUAUUAGAUUAAAUACACCAGAGCCCGCUGAUGUGAUUACUCCCGUGAUGAAAUCUUCUACUCCAUCUCAACUCUCAGAGCACAUUAAAGCCAGCUUUCCGUUUAGUGGAAUACAAGAAUCUAUGCAGACAUCUGAAACAUCAAAGCUCCAGCAACUUGUGGAAAACAUUGACAAAAAGAUGAUGGACCCCAAUCAGUGUGUGAUCUGCCACAGGGUACUCAGCUGUCAGAGUGCACUUAAGAUGCAUUACCGAAUUCAUACUGGUGAAAGGCCUUUCAAAUGUAAGGUGUGUGGCCGUGCCUUUACUACUAAAGGCAACCUGAAGACUCACUUUGGCGUGCACCGUGCCAAGCCUCCUCUUCAGGUUCAGCACUCCUGCCCAAUAUGUCAAAAGAAAUUCACCAAUGCUGUUGUCUUACAGCAGCACAUUCGCAUGCACAUGGGCGGCCAGAUUCCCAAUAACAUACAAAAUCUCCCAACAGACACUAUUCAGGAAAAAAACAACAACCUGAUUCUUGGAGAGAAGAAUUUUGACAGUGUGAAUGAUUAUGAUGAUGAUGGUCUUGAUGAUAUUUCAUAUGAAGAUGAAGAUAUUUCAGAAAACAGUGAAAACCUCCUUAACGCUUUAUCAGACUGUAGUUCAGCACCAAUUUCACCACUACCUCCUGAUGUGUCUGAUGUUAGGACAUCAGACGGUGACUCCACAGUUAGUCUUAGCCAAUUAACUGAACACAAGGUGGCAAUGAGUGGCAUUUUUGACAACAAUCAAGAGCAUGAUUCUCUAUCUGCAGGAGAUUUAGAGAAUCAGAAUACUUUCUUGCCAGAGUCAGCCAACAUCAUUCAUCCACCAACACUGAAACCAACAAAAAGUCAGAUGGAGGGUUUACACGAGAUUCCAGUUUCGAUUAAUAUUACCUUUGAUAGGAAAGAGCAAGCAGCUACAGUUAAAUGUGAAAUGUCUGAUUCUCCUGGAGCACUGUACGACCAGAUCAGGAAGUCUUCAGUCAUGGAGCAAGGAGUAAGCCAGAGGUACCAUGAUAUGGAGGACAGUUUACGGGCCCCAGUUAAGUUGGAAAUGGAAAUUAGCAGUAGACCAUACACACCUAAAGAAGGUCCUUUUCCUGUAUUUGGAUCUAUUCAGUCUUCACCCACUCCUUCUGAAGCAAUAAUCCAAGGAAUGACUUCAUUGUUCGGAAGCCCACCACCACGACGAGCCCCUAAACAACACAACUGCAACGUCUGCGGGAAAAACUUCUCUUCGGCAAGCGCCCUACAAAUCCAUGAGCGCACACAUACUGGAGAAAAACCCUUUGCUUGCUCCAUCUGUGGCCGAGCCUUUACAACAAAGGGUAAUCUCAAGGUACACAUGGGCACUCACAUGUGGAAUAACAUACCCGCACGGAGGGGUAGGCGUUUGUCUGUGGAAAACCCGCUGGCUCUUCUAGGUGCUGAGGCACUCAAAUUCAACGAAGUAUUUCAGAAGGACCUUGCAGCAAGAGCCAUCCACAUGGAUCAGAACUUUUGGAGUCGAUAUGCUGUAGCCAUUAGCAAUGGCUUAGCCAUGAAGAACAAUGAAAUUUCUGUCAUUCAGAACGGAGGGGUAUCUCAGCUUCCUACUGCAGCCAUGGACAAGACAAACAGUGGCAACAGUCCGGCAAUCCGGGCCCUUGGGAAAACAAGUGUAGACCUUGGACCUGGACGACACUUCUCCAUGUUGAUUGAUGAUAAUAAAGAAAUUAGAAUUAAUUAAACUCACGAGAGGGUGGAUUUUAAUCCAGUAAGCAAAUAAAAAACACUUGAAGAAUAAAACUCUGA